AUGGAGGAACAGCGUGGUAACGUCAGCGAAGAGGUGCUGGGGUCUAGCUUAACAAUGGAGAAAGUUGCUGCGGCUAAACAGUACAUCGAGAAUCACUACAAGAAUCAGAUGAAAAGCAUCCAAGAGCGCAAAGAAAGGCGAUGGAUAUUGGAAAGAAAGUUAGAAUCAUCCGACUUUCCCGAAGAAGAACAGAUAAAUCUCAUCAAGGAUUUAGAGCGAAAGGAGACAGAAUUUAUGCGGUUGAGAAGGAACAAGAUAUGUGUAGAGGAUUUUGAUCUUUUAACCAUAAUUGGACGAGGAGCUUAUGGUGAGGUUCGAUUAUGCCGGGAGAAAAAAUCUGGCAAUAUUUAUGCCAUGAAGAAGUUGAAGAAAUCUGAAAUGCUUUCAAGAGGACAGGUGGAGCAUGUUAGGGCUGAGAGAAACUUACUGGCAGAAGUGGCCAGCCACUUCAUAGUAAAAUUAUAUUACUCUUUUCAAGACGCUGAAUAUUUGUAUCUUAUUAUGGAAUAUCUCCCUGGUGGCGACAUGAUGACUCUGCUUAUGAGAGAAGACACUCUGUCUGAAAGUGUGGCUAAAUUUUACAUUGCUCAAAGUGUCCUGGCAAUUGAAUCCAUUCACAAGUAUAAUUAUAUUCACAGGGACAUAAAACCUGAUAACCUGCUUCUUGAUAAAAAUGGUCACAUGAAGCUCUCAGACUUUGGUCUUUGCAAGCCUCUUGAUUGCCGAACUCUGUCUACUGUGAAUGAGAAUGAGGCCAUGGAUGAUGAGAAUAUAAGGCAACCAAUGGAUAUUGAUGGUCGUUUUGCAGAUGCUGCUAAUGUUGGUAAUUGGAGAAGUCCUCGUGAACAACUUCAACACUGGCAGAUGAAUCGGAGAAAGUUGGCAUUUUCGACUGUGGGUACUCCAGACUACAUUGCUCCAGAAGUGCUACUGAAGAAGGGAUAUGGCAUGGAGUGUGACUGGUGGUCGUUGGGUGCAAUUUUGUAUGAAAUGCUCGUCGGCUACCCUCCAUUUUAUUCAGAUGAACCAAUGACCACUUGCAGGAAGAUAGUUCAUUGGCGAAAUCACCUGAAAUUUCCUGAAGACUCCAAAUUGAGUCCUGAGGCUAAAGAUUUGAUCUGUCGGUUACUCUGUGAUGUGGAACAUAGGCUUGGUACUGGAGGAGCAGGGCAGAUCAAGGCUCAUCCUUGGUUGAAGGAUAUUGAAUGGGAUAAGCUAUAUGAAAUGGAAGCAGCCUUUAAACCAAUGGUUCAUGGGGAGCUGGACACCCAAAACUUUAUGAAGUUUGAUGACUAUCAAGAUUAUAUAAACAAGGGUCCUUUGGUACGUGAUAAGCUUAUGUCCGUGAAGAGACCCUCACGAAAGAUACGUCUUAAUUCUGAAGAUUUAAGCUUUGUGGGCUACACAUACAAGAACUUUGAUGCUGUUAAGGAGGCAUUGCGUCAGUCACCAGAUCUUAUCAGGAGUACAUCACUGAGUCGGUCAUCAACUGAUUCCAUAUUUGGUGAUCCCAAGGGGGGCCCAACGAGGAAAGCAGCAUCUGAGGAAACAGACGUGCAGAUGAUCACGACAAUGGAUGAUGUGAUGUCACCAUGA